UUGGUUGGCCUCCGUUCCACUCCACGCACGCCCCCCUCAUUUCCAGUCCACCUUCCCACCCAUCGCCCUGCCUGCCUGCCUCUUCCCUUCUUCCCUCUGCUGUCCACUCACCGGACGCCAUGACGGAGGACGCCGAGGGAUGUGUUGCUGUGGCGGUGGCCGAGGCGGCGGGCAUCAUCUGCUCGCUCCGCGCGGCCGACCUCGCCGGGUGGACGCCGCCCUGGAAGGCCAGCGGGCCGCCGUCGUCCGAAGCCGCGGCGAAGGAGGAGACGGCCUGGCCGGCGGUUGCGCGGGGGAAGCGGACGCGGUCGUCGCGCUCUGGCUCCGCGGCCAACAAGAACAAGGGGCGAUGGGCCCGCGGCAGCCCCGCGUCUCCGCUCGACUACAGCGGCGGGUCCGGCUCCGGCGCGUCCACCAGCGGCGGCGAGGACGGCGCCUUCUGCUCGCCCCUGGCCACCGCCCGCGGGCACGCCGUGGUCACACCCACCGCCGCCCCAGCUUCUUCCUCCCUGGCCAAGGUUGGCUCUGCGGGAGGAGCACGGCGCCCAUUGAUCCUGCCGGUGCCGCCGCUGCCCCGCAUCGCCGGCCAGAGGUCGCGGAAGAAGAUGAGGCUCCCGGAGGUCAAGCAGAUGGUGCUGUCCCUGUCGGCAGAGAAUGUCGGCCUUCGCCAGGAGAUGGAGUCGCUGCAGAGGGCCUGCAUGGCGCUGUCAAAGGAGAACGGCAGGCUAGAGACAAGGCUUGAGCAUUCGUCCUCGGGCAAGCGGAAGGGGAUCGGCUCCCAACAGGAGGAGCGGCGACAAAUGAAGCCGCAGCAAGCCGGUGGCGGCUUCGCGCUCCCGGACCUCAACUUUUCGGCGCAGGAUGUCGUCGCCGACGCACCGGCGGCGGCUCCGUGACGGCUCCGGACCGGAACCAGGCCGUCUCCGGUGGCGGCGCCUGACGGCUAACCUGACAAGUUUAUUAACCGUGUAUAGGGGAGGAAAGCGGUCGAUCUCUUACCGUGCGUGGCGUGCUGCCAGGGAAGAAGAGGAGUGAAGUCUGACCGGUCUCAUUACCUUAGCUGAUAAACAUUUUUCUUUUGUCUAGUUCGAGGUUUCACCGCCCGCUUCUUCUUGUGUACCAAACUACCAAUGUAGCUCAAGUUUCAGGCGUGCUACUUGGUUCCUGUAAACAAACAAACAAACAAACAAACACAGUACGUUAGGUGAGCUGUUGAUGCUCUCUUGUUGAA